AUGGGCGAGCAGUGCUGUUCAACGCAACUGAUCAAUGGGGAGGGGGAGUUCAACGCCUUGGGCAUGGAAAGCUUGAUGAAGGCCGUGAGGCUCGCCGAGUGUGGGCUUUCCUAUGCGGUUGUCUCCAUCAUGGGACCCCAAAGCAGCGGUGAGAAAAUGUCCAUUUCUCCCCAAGCAGGGAAAAGCACCCUUCUUAACCAUCUUUUUGGCACUGACUUUAGUGAGAUGGAUGCUUUCAGCGGAAGGAGCCAAAACUACGAAGGGUAUUUGGAUAGCAAGGGAAGAGGAGAGGAUGAUACUGCAUUUGAGAAGCAAACUGCACUUUUUGCUCUGGCAGUUUCAGAUAUUGUUUUGAUAAAUAUGUGGUGCCAUGAUAUUGGCCGGGAGCAAGCUGCUAACAAGCCACUUCUGAAAACGGUGUUUCAGGUUAUGAUGCAUUUGUUCAGUCCUCGCAAGACAACAUUACUAUUUGUUAUUCGUGACAAAACAAAGACUCCACUUGAACAUUUGGAACCAGUUUUAAGGGAGGAUAUACAAAAGAUAUGGGAUACUGUUCCUAAGCCCAAGGCUCACGAGGACACUUCACUCAGUGAAUUUUUUAAUGUGGAGGUCACAGCUUUGCCUAGUUAUGAAGAGAAGGAAGAACAAUUCAAAGAGCAGGUUGUGCAAUUAAGGCAGAGAUUUGUCCAUUCAAUUGCUCCAGGAGGUCUUGCAGGCGAUAGAAGAGGUGUUGUGCCUGCUUCAGGGUUUUCAUUUAGUGCAGAACAAAUUUGGAAAGUUAUACGAGAAAAUAAGGACCUUGACCUUCCUGCUCACAAGGUUAUGGUUGCUACAGUUCGGUGUGAAGAGAUUGCGAAUGAGAAGUUCAAUUGUUUAACCUCUGACGAGGGUUGGUUGGCAUUGGAAAAGACUGUUCAAUCUGGUCAUGUUUCGGGCUUUGGGAGAAAACUUGGAUCAAUUCUGGAUGCCUAUAUGUCAGAGUAUGAUGGGGAAGCUGUCUACUUGAUGAAGGUGUCAGGACUGCAAAACGGCAGCUGGAAUCCAGAGUAUUGCAACUUGUACAUCUGCAUUCCAUGCAAUGUUGGGACAUAUGCGUACCAAAGCUCUUGGACAAAUUUAAAAAUGAUCUGGGAACGGUCACUUAAGACAGGAAAAGGAUUUGCGGCAUCCGUUCGUGAUUGCAUUCACUCUUCAUUGCUUGUAUUUGAUCAAGAAUGUGCUGAUGUGGCAAUCAAACAGGCCGAUUGGGACACUUUCAAAGUUCGAGAAAAGCUUCAUCGUGAUAUAGAAGCUCAUGCAGCCUCUGUCUGUAGUGAAAAAUUGUCGGAAUUGACAACUCAUUAUGAGACACAAUUAACAGCAGCCCUAGCUGAACCUGUGGUGUCUCUCUUUGAUGCUGCUGGUCAAGAUACUUGGCCAUCAAUAAGGAAGCUUUAUAAACGUGAGAUGGAGAAUGUUCUGUCAGGGUUCUCGACUUCUCUUUCUGGGUUUGAACUGCAAAUAGGAAAAUUGGAUACAAUGGUGGCAAAUCUAAAGGAGUAUGGCAAAAAUCUGGUGGAAAAGAAAGCAAGAGAAGAAGCAGGCAGGGCUUUGAUGCAUAUGAAGGACAGGUUCUCAACAGUGUUUAGCCAUGACAAGGAUUCAAUGCCUAGGGUCUGGACAGGAAAGGAAGAUAUCCGCAAGAUCACAAAAGAAGCCCGUGCUGUGGCUCUGAAGUUUUUAUCUGUAAUAGCUGCCAUACGUCUGGAUGACAAACCUGAUAGGAUUGAAGACAUUCUUAAUACAACACUUGCAGAUGGUCCAAGAGCCCAAGAGAGGAGUAUUGCUGCCUCAACAGACCCACUAGCUGCUAGUACAUGGGAAGAGAUUCUUCCAAAGAAUACGUUAAUCACUCCAGUGCAGUGCAAGUCUUUAUGGAGACUAUUCAAAACAGAAACUGACUUUGCUAUCACCCAAGCAAUUUCUGCACAAGAAGCUCACAAGCGCAGUAACAGCAUGUUACCUCCUCCAUGGGCAAUUGUUACAAUUGCAAUUCUUGGUUUUAAUGAAUUUAUGAUGCUUCUGAGGAAUCCUUUAUACCUCUUGGUACUUUUUGUUAUUUUCUUAUUGUCUAGAGCCCUAUGGUUACAGAUGGAUAUCUCUGGAGAAUUUCGCAAUGGCACGCUCUCAGGGCUUCUCUCACUGUCAUCGAAGUUUCUUCCUACAACUAUGCACCUUCUAAAAAGACUUGCUGAUGCGGGCCAGAGAUAUAAUCAACCUCACCAAACUCCUCCACCUCUGAACUCCCAAAGUUUCAGGAGUCAAUCACAGAGAAAACCCUCAUUCUUAAACUCACAACCUGGCAUAUCAUCCUCAUCAUCCACAGAUUCGUCUUCUGAAAUUGGUACCGAGUACUCAACACAAAUCCAUAAUGUGGAGGCUGACACUGAAGCCAGUAGCACUUCCUGAAUUGCCUUUGUGGUAUGUGGAGGUGUUCUUCACCUUCCAUUCUGUUUAGUGGUGAUGCAAGAGUUGAAUUUUGUCUAUCAAGAAAUUGAGAAGAGUUUCCUUUUCUGUAUAUUGGAACUUAAUGAUGCAUUUUCAUGCACACAUGUUAGCCAAGGAAUUAUUUUCAAUAGCUUGAAGCCAUGAUGACCUCUUACUGAUAUGGGAAGAGUUAUUAUUACUUAAUAGGCUUCUCCAAAACAUGUGUACAUGAAAAAACUGUGGAUGAAAAAUAAUUUGCCAUUCCUUUUUUGAAA